GUUAAUAGUCAGAAAAAUCAAGUGGCAAGACUAACAUUUAUUUUGCCGGUUUGACAUUUCAUUCUUUCAAUUUGUUCUUCAAUAAUUUCAAAAACAGACGAAUUAAGGUUGAAAACAAUAACAGUUAUAAAUUUGAUCGUAUGAAUUACAUUUUGUUAAUUUUGGUAAAUUUUUUGUUGGCUUCAAUGUUGAUUAAAGAUAGAAUAUUACCCGUCGGCAGGAGUCGUAAAAGAGUGAGGAUCCGUCGGCUGGCCAGUAGUCCUGGAAGAGAUGAAAAACGUAAUACGAAACAAGAGUCCAAAACUCGGAUUUUCUUACAAUUUCUUUUUAGUAUUUUAUUCUUGUUGGCAGCAGCCCUUAUAUUAGGCCUUCAUCUCACACGCAAUAAUGCGAAGCAAACUACUCUUUUGCAAGAUUUUCUGAAUAGUUAUCGACGACAAUACCAUCAAAUUGUUCAUGGGAAACCACACUAUUGUGAGUCAUUAUUAGAUGUUCAAUCCAUGAUGUUAAGAAUGCGUGAUUAUAGAAUUUUGCAUCAAGAAGAAGCUUUACAGCGAUUGGAAAGAACUUUGAGGAAUCAAACACAGUUUCACCCUAUUGCAAUAGUGGGACCCUCGGGUGUUGGAAAAACCAUGACAGCAAAUGCUUUAGCGGCGAAUUUUCCAUGGAAUGAAAAUGUGUGGACAUACUCUUGGAAUACACAUGUUGAAAACGAAGUACAGAAAUUUCGCAUGUUACGACUUUAUGUAGAACAGUUUUCUGAUUGUGGCCGUAAUUUAUUAAUAGUUGAUAACCUUUCGCCAUGUGAUGACGCAGUAGUCCCGCUGUUAAAUCAAAUGAUAGCUUCUCAAGAAAAGGCAAGUAAUAACCGCGUCAUCGUGAUUUAUAUAUUUAAUUUAAACGCAAUGCUGGAUUUAAAUUCGUAUCAGCAACAAGAGAGAACAUUGCAGCAUUUACCUAAUACAACCAUAAUAAAUUUCAAGAGAUUAAAUGAAAGAGAUUUGAGAGACUGUAUAUACCGCGAAAUGCAUACUGAAAAUCUAACUAUCACUAAAGAUAACUUUGACGAAAUUUUUAGGACAAUUGAUGUAGCAACCUCUGGAUGCAAGAAAGUGAAAGCAAAAGUACUAGUUUAUGGCCAUUCCUGUGAGGAAAAUGGAACAGCUCAUGAACAGUGAAGCUAAGUUACCAAAGAUUUUAUCCAAUUAUAAAAGGACUGCAUUACUUUAUAAAUAAAAUUUCAAUUA